GCUCAUCAAAAGAGAGAGAGCAGCUCCUCCCCCCCUAAUCAAAGCAAAAACAUGCUCUCAAAGACACUCUUUAGCUUUCCCUUUGUUUUCCCCACCAAUUAUCACAUCGCCUCAACCCCCACAACAAAAGAUAACAAAGUUAGGUCCCAAACACCCUUUUCACAUUCAAUGCUUUUCAAACCCUGUGUCCCUCUCUCCCUCUCCGAUUUCAGAUAAAUAAACGCCAUUCUCCACCUCUGUUCAUCCAGCUCUCUCUUCCUUCUCCGAGCAGAACGAGAGCGCAACCCUAGAAAAAGGAAAAACAAAGAAAAAUGAAGCGAGUGUAUGCAAAUCUCGCCCUCUUAUCUCUCUUGUCCAUCUCCUUCAGCUUCUUCCUCCCGACCGCCUUCUCUAGGACGAAAUUGCCCUCUCCCACCGCGACCCUCGAUGUCUCCGGCUCGCUCCAGAACACCCGGGGAGUCCUCUCCUUCGAUCCUCAGUCCCAGACAUCCUUCUCCGAGCAAGAGCAAGAGCAGCGUCAGGAACAGACGUCGUCGGGCUCGUUCUCCGUCCGACUCCACCCGAGGGAGUCCCUCGUGAGAACCCCAUACAGGGAAUACAAGGCCCUCGUCCUGGCCCGGCUCGGCCGCGACUCCGCCCGGGUCGACGCGCUCGCCUCCAAGCUCAACCUCGCCCUCAACAACGUCACCCGGACCGACCUGACCCCGCUCCGGACGGAGAUCCAGCCGGAGGAUCUGUCGACCCCGGUGUCCUCCGGCACGAGUCAGGGCAGCGGCGAGUACUUCUCGCGCAUCGGCGUCGGCACUCCGGCGAAGCAGUUCUACAUGGUGCUCGACACCGGGAGCGACGUCAACUGGCUUCAGUGCCAGCCGUGCACCGAUUGUUACCAGCAGACCGACCCGGUGUUCACCCCUUCCUCGUCGUCCUCGUACACGGCUCUCACCUGCGAGUCGCCGCAAUGCGGGUCGCUCGAAGUCUCCGCUUGCCGCACUGGCAAGUGCCUCUACCAGGUUUCGUACGGCGACGGGUCGUUCACCGUCGGCGAUUUCGUGACUGAGACGGUGUCGUUCGGCGACUCCGGGAGUGUCAACGACGUGGCUCUGGGAUGCGGGCACGACAACGAGGGGCUCUUCAUGGGCUCGGCGGGCCUGCUCGGGCUGGGCGGCGGCCCCCUGUCCCUGACGAAACAGGUAAAGGCGAGCUCCUUCUCGUACUGCCUGGUGGACCGCGACUCCUCCAAGUCGUCGACCCUGGAUUUCAACUCGGCCGCGCCCGGCGCCGAGUCGGUGUUCGCCCCGCUGGUGAAGAACGGCAAGGUGGACACGUUCUACUACGUGGGGCUGACGGGGAUGAGCGUGGGAGGGAAGACGGUGUCGAUCCCGCCGUCGCUGUUCCAGAUGGACGAGUCCGGCGACGGCGGGAUCAUCGUCGACUCGGGGACGGCCAUAACUCGGUUGCAGACCCAGGCGUACAACUCGCUCCGCGACGCCUUCGUCAAGCUCACCCCGGACUUGAAGUCCACCAGCGGAGUGGCCCUCUUCGACACGUGCUACGACUUCAGCUCCCUCUCCAGCGUGCAGGUCCCGACGGUAUCGUUCCAGUUCACCGGCGGCCGGUCCUUGGCUCUGCCGGCCAAGAACUACCUGAUACCGGUGGACUCGGCGGGCACCUUCUGCUUCGCCUUCGCCCCGACGACGUCGUCGCUGUCCAUCAUCGGGAACGUGCAGCAGCAGGGGACGCGCGUCACCUUCGACCUGGCCAAAUCGCGCGUCGGGUUCACGCCCAACAAGUGUUAGGAAACCACUAGAUUCUGGGUAACCAUAGGCAUAUGGAGAAUUUACUGCUUUACCCCUCUCAUAUCUCACACAGAGGGUGUAUUUGAUUUUUUUUUUUUUGGGUUUUCUCGAGCUUUAAAUUUGACGCUAUUAUAGGGUAUUAUUAAUGUCGUUAGGGGAUAAAGUAGUAAAUGCUGAUUUGCCUGGUUGGUGGGCGUAUGAAACAUAUGGACCCCACCAAAAUAAGUGCAAAAGGACGUUUGUAAUUUGUAUUUGGCGUGAGUGAGACUCUGAUAAUUUAAUGUUCAUUAUUAUGGCGCAGGGAUAGUAGGUGGGCGCUUGUUUGGUAAA